GAUACAUAGUAGGACGGCACAGGCUUGCAGCGAAGAGGUCAUCGCCGUGUUCACCUACAGACAAGCUGUUUACUGUUCGUUCAGGACCCAAAGGCUGUUUUUACACUUUUAAACCUCUCGUGAACCGUCCAGUCAUGCCGAUGAUUCCCUACUAACAUCCCCGAAAAUGCCCUAUGAGUGUUUCUCGGUGCUAGAAGAUGGCGGAGUCGGAUGGUGGCGAUUUUGCUCCGAAACAUUUGCAGAGCAGUAUGGCUAACAAGAACAGCACCCUGCGCUGCACUUUCUCCGCUCCGAGCCACAGUGCCACCCUCCUCCAGGGCUUGUCGGUUUUGCGAGCUCAAGGUCAGCUGCUGGACGUGGUGCUGGCUGUCAACGAGGAGCACUUCCAGGUCCAUAGAGCAGUGCUGGCUGCCUGUAGUGAUUACUUCAGAGCUAUGUUUACAGGAGGUAUGAGGGAGUCAAACCAAGAUACCAUCGAGCUGAAGGGUCUGUCGGCCCGUGGACUGAAACACAUCAUCGACUUUGCUUACAGCGCAGAAGUCACSUUGGACCUGGACUGCAUCCAGGACGUCCUCGGAGCUGCCGUGUUUCUGCAGAUGGUCCCUGUGGUGGAGCUCUGCGAGGAGUUCCUCAAGUCGGCGAUGAGCGUGGAGACCUGCCUGCACAUCGGGCAGAUGGCCACCACGUUCAGCCUGUCGUCCCUCAAAGAGUCAGUGGACGCCUUCACCUUCCGCCACUUCCUCCAGAUCGCGGAGGAGGAGGACUUCCUGCACGUUCCCAUGGAGCGCCUCGUCUUCUUCCUGCAGAGCAACGAGCUGAAGAACUGCACCGAGAUCGACCUCUUCCACGCRGCGGUCCGGUGGCUUCGCUGCGACGAGUCCCGCCGGGCUCAGGCUAGCAGCGUCCUCUGCCACGUGCGCUUUCCGCUCAUGCGCUCCUCCGAGUUGGUGGACAGCGUCCAGACGGUGGACAUCAUGGUGGAGGACGUGCUGUGUCGGCAGUAUCUCCUCGAGGCCUUCAACUACCAGAUCCUUCCUUUCCGACAGCACGAGAUGCAGUCCCCGCGGACGCUCAUUCGCUCCGACGUCGUUUCCCUCAUCACCUUCGGCGGCACGCCGUACACCGACCACGACCGCACCGUGAGCGCCAAGGUGUACCACCUCCCCGACGCCGCGUCCCGCCAGUUCAAGGAGCUGACCGAGAUGGAGGCGGGCUGCAGCCACGCCUGCGUCGCCGCGCUCGACAACUUCGUGUACGURGUGGGGGGGCAGCAUUCGCAGUACCGCAGCGGGGAGGGGGCGGUGGACAGCUGCUUCCGCUACGACCCGCACCUGAACCGGUGGCUGCGCAUCCAGCCCAUGCAGGAGGCCCGCAUCCAGUUCCAGCUCGACGUGCUGCAGGGRCAACUGUACGCCACAGGAGGGCGCAACCGAUCGGGCAGCCUGUCGUCCGUGGAGUGCUACUGUCCAAAAAAGAACGAGUGGUUCUACGUCGAGUCGUUGAAACGCAGGAUCUGGGGUCACGCCGGCGCUUCCUGUGGAGAGAGGCUGUACAUUUCGGGAGGUUACGGCGUCUCGCUCGAUGACAAGAAAACGCUUCACUGCUACGACCCGUCGUCGGACCAGUGGGACUUUAAGGCCCCCAUGAACGAACCCAGAGUGCUGCACUCCAUGAUCUGCGCCCAGCGUCGUGUCUACGCAAUGGGCGGGCGCAUGGACCACGUGGACCGCUGUUUCGACGUGCUGGCGGUCGAGUAUUACAUUCCAGAAAACGACCAGUGGACUACUAUCAGUCCUAUGAGAGCAGGGCAGUCCGAGGCGGGCUGCUGCUCACUGGACAAAAAGAUUUAUGUCAUCGGGGGCUACAACUGGCACCUGAACAAUGUCACAAGCAUUGUCCAGGUGUACAACACCGAGACAGAUGAGUGGGAAAGAGAUUUGCACUUUCCAGAAUCAUUCGCCGGCAUUGCUUGCACACCGAUCAUACUUCCACAAAACACUACACAACGGUAAGCGUCUGACCUGCAGCUGUUAAGUUUUUAUGAUUACAAUGAUUAUGAGUAUAAAUGUAGGCACGUUUAUGUGUUUACGUCGAGGAAGGAGUCAAAGUGAUACUAAGCUUCACUCAAGAGUUGUGUUGAUUUCUAGCUUCAUUUUGGAAAGCUUAUGUGCACAUAACUUGAGUUUUUAUUCUAUAAAACUCAGAUAUUACUGAGUAACUUAGUAGAUGGUUAGAUUUAAUUGGAAAAGGUGUUUUUUCGGACUAAUUUAAAUUUCGAACUUAUUGCGAUUCAUCUAUUAUUGCAAAAUUUGUAAUAUGGAUCAUUUAACUGCGUAGUUUAUAACACUUUAUAUUAUGAAAAUAUAAAGUUUGUAAGUGGUUUUAUUUAUUAAUCAAGGGCUUUUAAGUUACAGAUAGCACAAAUCUUAUCAUUUAUUCCUCAGACUCUUAAAGCGUUUCAAAUGAUGAAUACCUUGAUUGCACAGUUGUCUUUUAAUCUCAUUUCAAUUUUAUAAUUUACACAGUCUAGAUAACUUUGUUUUACUGUGGAUUCUUCCUCAGAUUUAUUAAUCAAAAACCACAUAUCAACACUUGAAACUGCACAAUAAACAAGUAUUGGAUGUCUUACUGUUUUAAAUUGAACAUUUUGGUGUUGGAGUUUUUAUUAGUCCAACAAUGUUUGUGUUUCCUGAGUUGAAAACUUGAUUUUUUUUUUUUGUAUUAUUUUUAAUUCAACAACCAGUGUGGACCUCUUAUGGCAGCUACAUAAAAAAAAUAUGUCCAUGUUUUUCAUGGAAAGCAAGCUUUGUUUUGUGGGCUGGAACAAACCAAAAUUUAACAUGACUGAACAUAAUUUUAAAAUAUUACUUUUAAUUUUAAUUCCUACAAAUCCUUAGGUUAUUUUCCCCUUAUUGUUUAUAUUUUUUUAUCUUUUUCCAGUUUUUUCUUUUUUCAGUGCAUUGUUUUUCAGACCAUUAUUAUUUAUAGUAGUGUGUUUAUCCYAUGCACAUAUCUUGUUUUUAUUUAUUGUGACCAACAUGAUUGUGAAAAGUUUCCUCUUACAAAAUGUCUGUGUCRGCCUUUGUGUGUGUCUUGUUCUACCUGUACCAGUGAAAGCACAACAUAUUGUUAAAGUGCAAUACAACAUUCUGUUGUACUCAGUGGGGAAUGUAUACUUUCGUGUAGCUUUAUUCUUCAUUAAAGGUGUGUUAUGCUUUAAAAUGAA